UCCUUAUCUGUUGUAUGUGUGUGUCUGUGGGGGGAUUUAAACGAUGAUUCUGAACUAUUGUGAUGGCUCACAAUGACGUGUAAUUUGCACUGGGUUUUCAAUAAAAACAUAGACCAUAAUUUAAAACAACAACAACAUCAACAACAACAACAAAUGUAGUUAAGGUAACAGUAUUAAUAAUAAUCGAUGUGGAUUUGUCUGUCAUGCUAUACAACUUUCUACUCUACAAUUUCAUAUUGUUUAUACAAUAAAAAUUUCUGAUAACAUACGUGCCAAGGGGGGUUUCCAGAAGAAUAGUUAUAUCUGUCGCGGUGCACUGUGGGUAGUUAGUCAGCAAAUCCAAGAUGGCGGCAAGCAGGAGGCUGCAUAAGGAACUUGAUGAAAUCCGCAAAUCUGGAAUGAAAAACUUCCGCAACAUCCAAGUUGACGAGUCAAACAUCUUGACUUGGCAAGGGCUUAUUGUUCCUGACAACCCUCCAUACGAUAAAGGUGCAUUCCGGAUUGAGAUCAUUUUCCCUGCUGAGUAUCCAUUUAAGCCGCCCAAGAUCACAUUCAAAACAAAGAUCUACCACCCGAACAUAGAUGAGAAAGGUCAGGUGUGCUUGCCAGUCAUAAGUGCUGAAAACUGGAAACCCGCAACCAAAACCGAUCAAGUAAUCCAGUCUCUCAUCGCCCUUGUCAAUGACCCUCAGCCAGAACACCCACUGAGGGCCGACCUAGCAGAGGAAUACUCAAAAGACCGUAAAAAAUUCUUUAAGAAUGCAGAAGAGUUUACAAAGAAACAUGGUGAAAAGCGGCCAGUGGACUAAUAAGAUGAGUGUGAAUCCCACUCUCUCCUUUGCCCACCUCUCCAGAUCUUUAAACCUCUGCCUCUAUCUGUACCCUCCUCCCACCCAAGCUCCCAGCAUCCACUCCGAACUUGGAGCAGAGCAUCCCAAAAGCAUUUCAACCUUGCUACAGGACUUUUAUGACUCAGUUCUACUUGCCCUCUGGGUACCAACUGGAUGGCUGGUUUUUCUAUAGUGUAUAAAGCAAAUGUGAUCCAAAUACGAGUGUAAAUGGAAACUUGGAGGGGAAAAAACAACAAGAUUUGGGUGGUGAGGGUGGGAGUAAAUGCUGUUCCUUUUAAUUUGUUCUUAAUUUGCACAGAGCUGUGUACUGGUCAUAAAACCUGCUGUGCAAUGAAUCUUGACUGUUUUUCCCCCCCAGAGCAGAUUACUACAGCGAAUUUCAUUAUAUUAUGUCCUUCAGUCUUUCACUUCUGCAAGUAUGUCUUUGUUUGGGCAAAAAUCCAGGUUCUAAAGGUGUGUGGCAUCCAUUUCUUUUAUAUUUCUUUUUAUUCUUUUGUUUUUGUCUAGGUUGCACUGUAUUCUGUGGAACGAAGCGUUCUUCGUAACCUCUGUAAUUCAUCAAAUAUUCAAAACUUCAGCUUAGUCACUGUUAUCAAUAUAAUGUUUAUGAUGUUAUAAAAAAGGAAAAAAAAAUACAA